UUUCAUCACAGAAACCUAAAGCGUUGAAAAUUUCAUUUCUUCAGCUCUCAGGGUUUCUUCUAUUGAGAGAGAGAGAGAGAGAGAGAGAGAGAGAGAUGGCUCUUUCUAUGAGAUUUUUCAUGGUCUUUUCAGUUUUAGCUCUCAGUCCUCUAUGCUUUUCUCACAGCUUAUCCCCACAGUUCUACGAUCAUUCCUGCCCGAAAGCUCAGGAGAUCGUGCGGUCUGUAGUCGCAAAAGCAGUGGCCAGAGAAGCGAGGAUGGCCGCUUCUUUAGUUAGGCUACAUUUCCACGACUGCUUCGUUAAGGGCUGUGAUGGAUCAGUGCUGUUGGACAGCAGUGGGAGUAUAAUCAGUGAGAAGGGAUCAGUCCCGAACCGCAACUCGGCCCGCGGGUUCGAUGUCAUCGACGAGAUAAAAUCCGAACUAGAGAAGGCGUGCCCACAAACAGUCUCUUGUGCUGAUGCUCUGGCUCUUGCUGCUAGAGAUUCCACAGUUUUGUCUGGUGGUCCAAGUUGGGUGGUUCCAUUGGGUAGAAGAGACUCCACAGGUGCAAGCAUAAGUGGCUCAAACAACAACAUCCCUGCACCAAACAAUACCCUACCAACCAUCAUCACAAAAUUCAAGCUAAAGGGUCUGGAUAUCGUCGAUCUUGUCACCCUUUCGGGAAGCCACACGAUCGGUUUCUCGCGGUGCACCAGCUUCAGGCAGAGGCUCUACAACCAAUCAGGCAACGGGCAGCCCGAUGCCACACUCGACCAAUCUUAUGCUGCUCAGCUCCGGUCGGGCUGCCCAAGAUCGGGCGGGGACCAGAAUCUCUUCACUCUGGAUUUUGUCACUCCUGCGAAAUUCGAUAACUUCUACUUCAAGAACAUUAUCGCAUCGAAGGGCCUUUUGAGUUCAGAUCAGAUUCUCUUUACAAAGAGCAAAGCGACAAUGGAGUUAGUGAAGAAGUAUGCUGAGAACAACGAGCUUUUCUUCAAGCAAUUCGCUAAAUCAAUGGUUAACAUGGGAAAUAUAACACCUCUGGUGGGGUCCAAAGGACAAAUUAGGAAGAAUUGUAGGAAGGUUAAUGCCUGAUGGGCUACGGAUCGGCUGUGAUUACUUGGGAGACGAAAUGGUAAUAAGUGUUAUGUGUGCCACAUGGUCUUAUUUUAUUUUAUUUUAUUUUAUUUGAUUCCUUGUGAGUGAUGGCCUGUUGUAGUUGGUUCUGGUGUUGUAAGGCAAUUUGAAUUGAUGAAUUUAAGUUAUUGGCUUUUGUUUCAA